GGAGGGUCCGAGCGCUCCACUCUUCUCCGCUGCAUCAGCCCGGUGUCUGACCACCUCAGCCAGUCCUCAGGGAAAGCGAUUGGGUCGGGAACCUGUUGUCAUCAUGCCUAAAGUUAAAAUGCCAGCUGGAAAGACGGACGAACACAUGCGCGCGUUCGCGGAAAAGGUGUUCGCGUCCGAGACGAAGGAUGAGGACAUCCGGGAGGAGGUCUCUCUGUUUGAUGUGGCGGAGGACUGUCCCAUCGUCCACCAGCAGAUCACCCACCACCUGCAUGAGGAGUCCGCAGAGAGUUCAGAGAAACGUAAAAAGCGCAUGCAACUCAUGACGCCCGUGGUUGACGUGGAUGCCCCCCUCUACCUGGAGGUUCCUCAGUUCCAGAGAGUGGCCAUCAUUGGAGACUACGCUUCUGGGGUGACGAUGGAUGACUUUGAGCUGUCCUGCAAGGGCCUGUACCGUGCCUUGACCAUCAGGGAGAAGUACAUGAGACUGGCGUUCCAGCGUUUUCCUAGUGUCGUGUCCCAAUACCUGCGCACCAUCGAGGGGGAGGUGCAUAAGAGUGAGGACCAGGUGCACCCCGUCUUCACGGCCCCAGCCAAGAAGGAUGAGGACCCGUUCAACACCAAGGACCUGCCAGAGAACCUGGGCUAUGUGGCCCGCAUGCACGAGGGCAUCAUCUACGUUUACAGCAACGCGGAAGCCGCCGACAAGCACCAGCCGAAGGACCUUCCCGUCCCUGACUAUGCCACUUUCAUUGAUGACAUGAACUUCCUUAUUGCCCUGAUUGCGCAGGGCCCCACUAAGACGUACACCCACCGUCGUCUGAAGUUCCUCCUGUCCAAGUUCAACGUGCAUGAGAUGCUCAACGAGAUGGAAGAGCUAAAGGAACUGAAGAACAACCCCCACAGGGACUUCUACAACUGCAGGAAGGUAGACACCCACAUCCAUGCCGCGGCCUGCAUGAACCAGAAGCACCUGCUUCGCUUCAUCAAGAGGUCCUACCGCGUGGACGCCGACCGUGUGGUGCAGAACAUCAAGGGCAAAGAUGUGACACUGAAGGAGCUCUUCGAGGGCCUCAAGCUGCACCCCUACGACCUCACCGUGGACUCGUUGGACGUGCAUGCUGGCAGACAGACCUUCCAACGUUUUGACAAGUUCAACGCCAAGUACAACCCUGUAGGCGCCAGCGAGCUGCGCGAUCUGUACCUGAAGACGGAAAACGGCAUCAAUGGGGAAUACUUUGCUACUAUCAUUAAGGAAGUGGCUAGUGACCUUGAGGAUGCCAAGUACCAGUACGCAGAACCUCGCUUGUCCAUCUAUGGUUGCAAUCCUGCAGAGUGGACCAAGCUGGCCAGCUGGUUCAACAAGCACCGUGUUUACUCCCCCAACCUGAAGUGGAUGAUCCAAGUGCCCAGGAUCUAUGAUGUCUUCAGAGGCAGGAACUUUGUGCCACACUUUGGCAAAAUGCUGGAGAACAUCUUCCUCCCGGUCUUCCAGGCCACCAUCGACCCCCAGAGCAACCCAGAGCUCAGCAUCUUCCUCAGACAUGUGACCGGGUUUGACAGCGUGGACGACGAGUCCAAGCACAGCGGUCACAUGUUCUGCACCAAGAGCCCCAAGCCAGAGGAGUGGGACAUUGUGAAGAACCCGUCCUACACCUACUACAUCUACUACAUGUAUGCCAACAUCAUGAUGCUGAACCAGCUGCGCAAGCAGAGGGGAAUGAACACCUUCCAGUUCAGGCCUCACUGCGGAGAGGCUGGCGCCGUCACUCACUUGCUGGCCUGCUUCAUGACGGCCGACAACAUCUCUCACGGACUCAACCUCAAGAAGAGCCCCGUCCUGCAGUACCUGUACUUCCUGGCCCAGAUUCCCAUUGCCAUGUCACCACUGAGCAACAACAGCCUGUUCCUGGAGUACGCCAAGAACCCCCUGCUGGAGUUCCACAAGAAGGGCCUCGUGGUGUCUCUGUCCACAGACGACCCCAUGCAGUUCCACUACACCAAGGAGCCUCUGAUGGAGGAGUACGCCAUUGCGGCCCAGGUGUUUAAGCUGAGCACCUGUGACAUGUGCGAGAUCUCCAGGAACAGCGUGCUGCAGAGCAGUCUGUCUCACGAGGAGAAGGUUCACUUCUUGGGCAGCAACUACCUGAAGGAGGGCCCCGAGGGCAAUGACAUCCGCAAGACCAACGUGGCUCAGAUCCGCAUGGCCUACCGCUACGAGACGCUGUGCUACGAGCUCAACCUCAUCCAGGAGGGUCUCAAGGUCGAGUGAGCACCUACACAGUGCGCUCCUCUCAGGGGGCCAAGGGCAACGACACACCUGAGGGCAGGUUCACGUCUCAAGGUCUGCUGGGAUAUUAACUGUUUACAUUGGCAACUGAUCCAGGCUUUGGGAAAAAUUCAACACAUAAUUUGCACUCAACACACUAAAAUGAUACAAUACAUAUACAAGCAUCUCUACAAACUGAAUCUACAAUGGUGUAUUUAGAAUGCCAAGUGAUGGAGUUUUCCAGGUGUUAUGCCACCAGCCCCUGCACAAUGUACCAACGUUUUUUGUCCGACCCAGGACUACUUAUGUGACCUCGAUGUUGCAGUUCCUUCCAUCAAGUAAACAUAAUGAUCAAUAACUUAUCAAUGGCUAACUGCUCAGUCUUUUUACAGAGCAGCCAAUAGCAGUUACCUAAUAAUUCAUCCAUUUUGCUGUCCUUAAACUCAUUGUACGCUAUCCUUUGAAGCUGUCGGAUCAGUUUACUUUUCAUGUGCGUUUGUGUUUCUCUGUGUUUCUUCAAUAAAUUGAUUUAACAAGAUGACACUAAAACUGUUUACAUCACCACAGUCUUGUCACAAUCUUGAGGAUUUUUACCUUGAGAAUAUGAGCUGUAAAACCCUCCUAUUGUUAAUCAUUGAUAACCCCUUGAAUAAACUUGCUAUUAAUAAAAGGC